AUGGCGACGCGUGGGGAAGCGGUGCACGAUGGCGGGAGGGUUCCGGACCCGACUAGCGACAAGUUUGAGUCCGAAUCCGGUGAAGACACUCGUCAGAGCAAAAUUCAGUCGAGAAUCCAGAAGAUCAUCGGUCUGAAGAAGUACGCGAGAGACUACCGAGUUAUCAAAACUGGCUGUCUGGUCCUGGCUUGGGUAGCAAUGGGCUUGUACCAUCGUCUCCCGUCCCCCACCCUGAUAGACCUGAAGGACCGUCUCGGCGUGAACUACGAGGAAAUCUCGCGAGUUUUGCUCUGCCACACCAUCGGCUACUUCCUCUCCAACAUGGCGGCAGGGGUCGUCGUGGAUCUGUACCCAGCUCUGGUGGACAUGGUGAUCGCCUCCUCCCUCCUGGCGGCGGCUGUCGGCUCCAUCGGCACGCCCUGGUCCCGCUCCCUGGCGCUCACCGGCAUCUGUCAGCUGCUCACCGGGUUCGGACACGGAGCCACUGACACAGCUGGCACCGUGACGGUGCUCCAACUGUGGGGGGACAACUCCGCUCCCGCUCUCCACAUCAUCCACAUGGGGUACCCUUUCAUCGCGAUCCUGGUCCCCUUCAUGGCCCAACCUUUCCUCUCCCGGCGUCCCGAAGUCAACGGCACCGCCACGCCGCCUCCUCUCACUGUGGAGGAAGCCUGGAGAACGUCCAGGAUCGAGCAGGCUUAUCUUAUACCGACUUUUGUCUCAGCUGCCGUCUGUGUCAUCUUCUUGGCCUUCCAUUUCUACUUCUCUCCGAAGUAUCAGCCGGAUCUUUCUCGCCCGGAUUUUUUGGCUUGCUUCAAACCGAAGAAAAAACAACAACCAGAUCCGGAUUCAACAGAUCCGGAUUCUACUUAUCCGGAUUCUACAGGUCCGGAUCCGGAACAACAACCGUUUUGGAGCCGUUUUUUCUCGUGCUGGAGUUCAAAGCUUUGCCUCUCCUUCAAGGAGCUCUUCUCACCUGACAGGUGCGUGAAGGGGGAACCUGUUCUCGGCUCUUUCUACGUCGUCAUGCUGUUCCUGUUCUAUCUGACGUACCUUGCCGGGGAGGCGUCGCUGUUUGAGUACCUGUUCGCCUACAGCGUGGAGAGCGGACUGUUUGACAAAGACGGCGCGACUCUGGUGUACUCCUGCUUCUGGGCAUUCUUUCUCAUCGGGCGAGGGUUCGGCGCGUUCGGCUCCCACUGGGUGCCGCUCGGUUUGCUCAUAGGGUUGUCGAUUUUCCUGCUCCAGAUUGUUGGAAUCGAGUACUCCGUGUGGGGGGUGAACGACAGCACGGUGUUCUGGGUUCUCACCUGCGCGGCCGGUUUUUGCUGUGGCCCGAAUUUCCCCGCUUGCUCAUCCUGGGCCAACCACUACUUAAACGUGACGGGAGUGAUUGUGGUCGUCAUGUUCGUCGGGGCGUCUUUCGGCGGCAUGAUUGGCACCUAUGCUACCGGAUACUUCUUCGAGUACGCCGGGAUAGACUCGAUGUUUCACGGUUAUAUCGGCUACGUGGCCAUCACCAUCCUGGUGUUCUCCACCAUGCAGUUCUCCGUAUCCGUCCUGUUUAAGGACAGGAUGCAGAGGGCGGCAGAACAGGACCAGGAGGAGGAGGAACCGGAGGUUGAGGCAAUCACCAAGGUCUAGAGUUAUAUAAUCAUGCCUUUUCAACAUCACAGAGAACACCUUAGACUUCGUGCUGUGCCUGAUAGCACGUCGGGCAGCAAGCUUCACUUCCAGGGGUCGAAAUUAAUU